AUGUUAGAUGACUUUCAUGAAGCACAUUUUGAUGAAGGAUGUAGGGAGGAGGAGGAGGAGCCAGAGGCAACCGCGAAGGCGUACUAUGACAUGUUGGCUGCAGCCCAGCAACCCCUUCACGGUCAUACCAAGGUUUCACAAUUGGAUGCCAUUGGCCACCUAAUGGCCGUGAAGUCCCAAUUUACCUUGAGUCAAGACGCCUUUGAUGCUAUGUUACAAGUUAUUGGCAGCAUGCUUCCAGAAGGGCACAUUCUUCCAAAGAGCAUGUGUGAGGCACAGAAACUCCUUCGUGCACUGAAGAUGCCAUAUGAACAGAUACAUACUUGUCCGAAGGGAUGCAUCUUAUUUAGGAAAGAACACGCUGAAGCAAAGUACUGUCCAAAGUGUGAAUCCUCUCGGUUCGUGGAGGUAGACUCUGGUGAUGGUCAGAAGAGGCAGCUCGCGGUACCCGUGAAAGUCCUACGGUACCUGCCGCCCAUACCAAGAAUCCAACGUUUGUUCAUGACCGAGGAAUCCGCGAAGCAGAUGACAUGGCACAAAAUGGGAACUCGUUACAAUCCUGAUAAGCUUGUGCAUCCAUCCGAUGCUCAAUCAUGGCCCCAUUUCGACGGGAUUCAUCAUCACAAAGCUUUGGAGGCUCGUAAUGUACGUGUUGUGCUGGUGACAGAUGGCUUCAAUCCCUAUGGAAUGUCUGCUGCCCCUUACACUUGUUGGCCCGUGUUCGUUAUCCUACUGAAUCUCCCACCUGGCAUCAUUUUUCAACGGCAGAACAUAUUCUUGUCGUUGAUAAUUCCUGGACACCCUGGAAAUAAUAUGAGUGUGUACAUGGAGCCCCUGAUUGACGAUUUGCUCCAUGCUUGGGACGAUGGGGUUUGGACAUACGAUCGAGCUACAAAGACAAACUUCAGAAUGUAUGUUUGGUACCACUAUUCCCUGCAUGAUCUGCCGGCGUAUGGGAUAUUCUGUGGCUGGUGUGUCCACGGGAAGUUCCCUUGUCCAGUAUGCAAGGCAGCAUUGAUGUUCAUUUGGUUGCGGAAGGGUGGCAAGUAUUCUUCGUUCGACAAACAUCGACAAUUCCUACCUCUUAACCAUCCAUUCAGACGAGAUAAGAAGAACUUUACAAAAGGUGUUGAGGUUAAAGACCAUCCACCGCAGAUGAUGAUGGGUGCCGACAUUUGUGCUCAAUUAGAUGGUCUCGUGAUCAAUGUUGAAGGUGGGGGUUUUGUGGGAUGUGGUGAGCAACAUGCUUGGGCGCAGAAGUCGGGCUUGUGGAAGCUCCCCUAUAUGGCUGACAUUCUUCUGCCACAUAACAUUGAUAUGAUGCACUCCGAAAAGAAUGUCGGCGAGACAUUGUUCGGAACAAUCAUGGACAUUUCAGAUAAGACAAAGGAUAAUGUUAAGGCCAGAGUGGAUCAGGCAACAUUAUUCGAUAGACCAAAGCUAGAAAUGAGGCCUCCCGGAUCAGGCAAGGCGUGGAGAAAGCCUAAGGCCGAUUUCGUUCUGACGAGGCCCCAGAGGAGACAAGUCCUAGAAUGGUUCCAAACCUUGAUGUUCCUUGAUGGGUAUGCGGCGAAUCUGAGAAGGGGAGUGAACUUGACCACUAUGCGAAUCAACGGGCUCAAGAGUCAUGACUACCAUAUAUGGAUCGAGCGGCUACUUCCAGUUAUGGUUAGAGGCUACCUCCCUGAUCAAAUCUGGCAAGUGCUGGCAGAGUUGAGCUUUUUCUUCCGCCAGCUUUGUGCUAAGGUGUUAUCUCUAAAAGCAGUUGAAGAAAUGGAAAGAAUGGCGCCUGUGUUGCUCUAUAAGCUGUAG